CAUCACUCCAAGUUGGCGUUGAAUACACCGUGACAGUUGGAAGUACACCGCCUCUUAUAAUUAAUUCAUAUAAUUUAACAUUUACGUCGUAACUAUUUGGAAACAUUUUAAAUAGCUGUUAGUUGUAUGACAUAAUGACAGACAACGAAAAAAAUCCAUUGCCGGAAUAUGAGCGCAAUGACACGUCGGACGUGGAAACGUUUGCAAGUCGAGAAUUAAAGGAUGUAAAAAGUUUAAAUUUCUGGAGAGCUUUUUUUGCAGAGUACGUCGGAACGUUUUUGUUGUGUUUUUAUACGAUCUUAUAUGGACUCUACAACCCCGACACCCACGAUCCGACGACGCUCCUCGCCGGUGCCAUCGGAACCGCGUUCAUUGUGGGAUGUUUAAUCAACUCUCUUGUCAACGUGAGCGGCGGACACAUCAACCCCGUUCUAUCGAUCGGUUUUCUGGCGGCCGGGCAGCUCACACUGAUCCGCUUCCUGUGUUACGUUGUCUCCCAAUGCUGCGCGAGUAUCACAGCCGUACUUGUCAUCCGGGAGCUUGUGCCCGCAGAGAUGCACGGGAAUCUUGGGCUUAUUCUUCCUGGGGAAGGAAUCACUUCCGGUCAGGCGCUCGUGAUGGAGUUCUUUAUUUCGUUCAUGCUUUUGUUUGGGACGUUUGCGUUUAUAGAUGAAGAGCGAACGGACAAUACGACGCCUGUGCCAAUUUAUGUCGGCAUGAUUGUUGCUUCGAAUAUACUUUGUGGGGCCCGAAUAUCUGGUGCAUGCAUGAACCCCGCCAGAAACUUUGGCCCAGCAAUCGUAAACGCAGACUUUCACCUUCAGUGGCUGUACUGGGUGGGUCCACUACUAGGGGGCGCUGCAGGAUCCCUGACAUACACCCAGUUGUUCUCUGCCCGAGCAAUGAACGGCUGCUCAUUCAGUCUCUGCCGGAAGAGACGCCGUAGGGCGCCCAGAAAGCAGGACCGGAAAGACCAAGAGGCCGAGCACAUGUUGUGAGUGCGGGAAACGGGAAGUGAAAUCAGACAAGGUGCUAAACACUGAUAUUACCUCACUUGGAUAUUUCAUUACACAGCAGUCUCGGACGUCAGGAACAAAUACAACAUUAAACACACAUUUUAAAAUGGACCAAAUGGGAAAGACCAGCAUUUGAAAGAUUUACGGCGAAUGGGUUAUCAAAUUAAACCACGUUCUACAUAACAGGCUCUCCGGCCAUAUAUCUGGGAAAAAGCUAGGAGAAAUUUAGGAGUGUUUCAAGCAGAAAACUAGGAAAAAAAUAGGAAUACUGAGACAAAACUAGGAGGUAUUUUUAGAUAAAGUAUUACCUUACUUCUGCUGUACAGUCCAAUUACCUUACAUAUAAGUGUUCAGCUGAUUGUAAAUUUGCUUCUGUUUGGCGUCACUUUAGCAUAGUCCAACCUUAAAUCACCAUGGGUGAAGGCCAAACUAUGUGUAAGUGACACGAGACCACUACUGCCAGUAGCAUCUAUAUAGGCAAGUCAGCUGAACAUCUCUACAUUGCUGUCUGCAAGAAAAUCUUCAUUACACAAUGAAAACACAAAAUUGAAACAUUCAGUCAUAAUGCUGCAAAUGAAAAACUAGGAAUACUAGGAGCAUUUUAGAAAAACUAGGAGUACUUAAAAAAACUAGUAACGGCUGGAGAGCCUGAUACAAGAUAAACCAACGAGAACAAACUUACAACCUUAAGUUUCUUUAAGUAGUCAAAGGAUAUUUAAAAUUAUAUACUU